AUGGCCGUCGUCUUUGGAAGACCAAGGCAGCUUGCUGUUGCAGUAAUAUUCUCUUUCAUCAUCUUUGCCAUCUUUCAGUUCAGCUACACUGACGACUUUUCCCUCACCGGACACUUGUCAGAGUCAAUACGAAUAGUGGACGCAUGUUCCCCUGACGCGCUCCAAGCUAUCAAUAACGCUCGUCCUACCCUCGAUCCUGCGAUACCGAACAUUGUCCAUCAACUGUGGAAGACAACCGAUAUCCGUGAAUACUCCACCACAAUCACCGCGUCUCGUGAAUCAUGGAGGGCCAUGCUCGAACCCUUCAAUUACACAGUCAAGCUGUGGACGGACAACGAUGUUCUUGAACUUAUCAAGGCGGAUUAUGAUUGGCUGCUCUCAACAUACGAAGGAUAUCCUCACGAUAUUCAGCGGGCUGACAUUGCGAGGCUGCUUAUCGUUCAUUCCGAAGGCGGCAUCUAUUCUGAUCUGGACGUAAACCCCAAAUCAGCCGAGCAUAUUCAAUGCCUCCAGAGACUUAGCUUACAGGCUAUAUUCUCACCAACGGCGGGCACACUCGGCCUCAGUAACCAUUUCUUUAUGGCGAUGCCUGGUUCGCCAUUCCUGCAAUGGGCGCUCUACGAGGCCAAGCGGCGGAGUAGCAGGCUGGUAUCACGAGGCAUAAUCCUGCCAUACUUGCAGGUUUUCUGGUCCACCGGUCCAAUCAUGGUGACGGCAGCGUUUAGGCAAUACGCUUGGCUAUACAAUACGCCACGACUCGAUAUAGGGCUGCUCGACAACGGGUUUGGUGGCUUGGUGAUCAUGCUGGGUUAG